AUGCCUAGGUUGCCAGUGUCUCCAUACUGGUCCGCUAAUCCAAACUUCCCUAUAUUCCUCGAUCCCAAAGACGAUUACCGUGUACAAGGACAGACACCGCCACAUUCGAGACAUGCUCCCGAGUAUAUUUGCCCUACGUGUGAAACAAGCUCGAGAGAUACACCGAUUCAUUGUGUGUCCAAACCGCCCGCACACUCACCUACACCGCCAUCAUACAGCUUGUUGGCACCCCCACCUCAAUCUUCCAGACACCUAGCCGUACCCAUUCUCACCGUUGAGACGCCUCGCCACCGGUCGAAACCUCAGGCCCCCAACCGAUCCCUCCAGUUUGACCCCAAAGGAAGACCCCAUCUACGAUUCCGUCGAAAUGCCUUCUCGCCACACUCCCCAACUGUCACAGAGUCCGACAAGAUCGAUUGGAGGCGAAAAAGUAUAGCUGGACUUGGGAUCGAGGAGGCCCCUUUCAGACCCGAUACAAGUCCAAUAACUCCUGGAAUAGCCGAGAAAAGAGGAGAAGAAAAUGCUGCAGAUGUGCAGCAAGCCUCUAAUUUUGCGCAACGCAUCGAGCAAAGACUGUGGAGGUACAGCGCUUCGCGAAACGUGGUGAAGAGAUGGUUACUAGAGAUCAUCAGUUGGACGCUCAGUGCUGCGUGCAUGGCGGGUGUCAUCGUCAUGUUGUACGUCUAUCAGAAUCGUAGCAUCCCUCGAUGGCCUCUCGGUCUUACUCUGAACGCCUAUAUCUCGGUUCUGGCAAAGAUCGCAUCCGCCGCUCUUUUAUUACCCGUUUCCGAGGCCCUGGGGCAACUUAAAUGGAGUUGGUUUCAAGGUGACAAUUCGAAAAAAAUGUGGGAUUUCGAGAUCUUUGAUAAUGCGUCAAGGGGUCCAUGGGGCUCCCUUCUACUGAUCAUCCGUACAAAGGGCAGGUCACUCGCGGCGCUCGGAGCCUGCGUAACUAUCAUGGCAUUAUGUCUCGAUCCCUUUUUCCAACAAGUCGUAGAGUACCCUGAGAAAUGGCGACUUCAGGACGGCAAAGGUCAAAUUCCGAGAGCGAUUGGGUACGAACCAUUCUAUUCUAGUAUGAGCUUUCAGCAAGGCUUCCAAACUAUGGAGACCGAUCAAUCAAUGGUUGGAGUCGGCUAUCGCUUUUUCUUCGGCAACGGGACACCUCCUAUGACCUUUGGAAAAGGGAUGAGAGCUGAGGUUCCACUGGGAUGUCCAAAUAGCAACUGUACCUGGCCAGAUUAUGAGACAUUCGGUAUCUCAAAUGAAUGCCGCGAUGCAAUUGAUCGCAUGGAGUUCAGAUGCAGCCACGGACCAAUGGACUGGAUCCAAAUGCCUGACGCGGAUCCCGACGCUGUCGAGGACUAUACCUUCCCGAAUGGAACCUCUUGCGGAUGGUGGCUUAAAGCAGACAAGCCACUUCUCAUGACAGGGUACAACGUAGACCGAAGAUCGAACCAUUCUGGAGAAAUUCUUUUGCAACGCGCUCAACCUUUAUAUGACUUAUUUUCCCGAGAAUUCAUGCCAGGGUAUACACCUCUGCUCAACAACAGUCGAAAUCCAUUGGCACACGUUAUCAUCGUUUCCGGUGAGGAAGCAGAGUCAGUGCACCGGAACGCAACCCCAUCAGCCCAGGAGUGUAUACUAUCAUGGUCCGCUCAGACCAUGCAGUCGACUUACACCGCGGGCGGAUAUAUCGAAAAGAUAACUAGAGCAUUCGUGAAUACAUCCGUAGGAGAAUCGCACUGGCUAACGACAGUGAUUCCGAAUGACAACAAUCAGAUGAUCCUCUACGACUACGUAUACCUGGAAAAUAUCACCUUAAUCACCGAGAAUAACACCUACUUCAUCGACAACAACACUCAUAAUGCCAUGGUAGCUCUGUUCGAUGAUGUGUUUCCCUCUACCUACACGAUCCUUAGCGACGACAAGGACGCCCAGCCAAUGAUGCGAUGGAAAUGGUGGAAGACCAUCACUCCUUACACCCGGAGAAUGAUCUACAAUCCCUGGCUGUACAGAAAUGUCACGAUGCACAUGGAUCGCAUGGCUUCAGCAAUGACAAACAUGAUGCGAUCAGCUCCAAGCGAUACAGAAACAGUGGAAGGCAUGGCGUACGACCUCGAGAGUUUUGUGGAUGUACGAUGGGUCUGGUUGUCGCUUCCACUCGGGCUACUCGCCUUUACUGGUAUCUUCUUGCUUGCGACCAUUUUCCGAAGCUCAAGAGAGCAUGACCGCGGUCAAGUCGGCGUCUGGAAGACGUCAGCCAUAGCUACACUCCUUUACGGUCUACCUGAUGAUAUGUCAAAGAAGAUGACUUCGACGAAAGCCGACGAAACGCCACGAGCGAAGGCUAAGGAGGUCAAAGUGAAGUGGGUUCCUAUAGGUGGCUGGAGGUUCUCGGGCAACAGUAUACCCCCUUCUUUCAAAGGUAGCCCUUCAUCUUCAUAG